UCGGGUUCAGAUGGGUGUGGUCCCUCAAGAAGGGGUGUUUUCCUCCUCUCCACAGAGUCGAGGGUGUUGAAUCUUGACUUUGAAUGAAUCAUUCAUGACUAAUAUACGAGGAGGAAGAAGAACUUCAAGUAGCAUGCUGCUGAAACGCCCUGUUUUUAUUUCUUUUAAUUUGCCAGCUUUGAAAAGUUGAGACAGGAGAUCUCUGUUGGAGCCUGUAGACCCGUCCAGAACAAUGGGGCUCCUGCAGCUGCUGAAAUCACAGUUCUUGUGUCAGCUGAUCAUCUGCUACGUGUUUCUGGUCAGUGGACUCAUCGUCAACCUGCUGCAGCUCUGUACCUCACCUCUGUGGCUGGUCAAUAAGCAGCUGGCCCGAAGAGUCAAUGUCAAACUGGGAUACUGCAUCAGCAGCCAGAUGGUUGCUGCACUGGAGUGGUGGUCUGGGACAGAAUGCACGCUCUACACAGACCCACAGAGCUACCCGCUGUAUGGAAACGAGAAUGCAAUUGUUGUUCUUAACCACAGCUUUGAGAUAGACUUCCUGUGUGGUUGGACCUUCUGUGAGAGAUUUGGUGUGCUCGGGAGCUCAAAAGUUUUAGCCAAGGAACAGUUGAGUUAUGUACCUAUUAUUGGUUGGAUGUGGUACUUCCUGGAGAUAGUUUUCUGCAAGAGGAAGUGGGAGGAGGACCGGAGGACGGUGGCUAAGAGUCUGCAGAAACUGCGGGAUUACCCAGUAAACUAUUGGUUCUUGCUGUUCUGUGAAGGAACACGCUUCACACAAAAGAAGCACGAGAUCAGCAUGCAGGUGGCCGAGAGCAAAGGCUUACCCAAACUGAAGCAUCACCUUCUGCCCAGGACCAAAGGAUUCUGGAUAACUGUGCAAAACCUCAGAGGGACCGCCGCCGCAGUUUAUGAUUCCAACCUGAACUUCAGAGACAAAGCUGCACCGACCCUGCUUGAUAUCCUUAAUGGGAAGAAAUUCCACGCAGAUUUAUAUGUCAGGAGAAUCCCACUGGAGUCGAUCCCAGAGGACGAGGCCGAGUGUGGGGCUUGGCUCCAAAGACUCUACCAGGAGAAGGAUACCUUUCAGGAGCACUAUGCCAAGACGGGGCGUUUCCCCGGCCCCACAGUGAGCCCUCCACGCCGCCCCUGGACCCUGAUCAACUGGCUCUUCUGGGCCUGCCUGCUCCUCUACCCACUGGGCCUGUUGUUCGCUCAGCUCCUCAGCUCUGGAUCAAUGCUGACCAUUGUAUUCUCUGUGGCUCUCUGCUUUGCAGCCUCUCUCGGAGUCCGCUGGAUGAUUGGCCAGACUGAGAUCAACAGAGGCUCGAGCUAUGGGGAUAAGGAAGUUCCUCUGAACAACAACUAGAGGCUCCUGCAGCACGGCACAGCUACGACCCUGAGAGGUGUUGGCAGCUGAAAAUGUAAACACCAGUCUGACAGGAUCUGCCGGUUCAACAUGUGUAAACCUGCUCCAAGGCGCAGGGCAGACGGAUUCAUAUCAUCUGAACACUCAAGAUUUAGGAUCAGGACUCCAUUACAUUGAGAAACAUAAUGAAAUGAUUGUGUCAAGAUUAAAUAUGGCUUUACUACU